AUGGGUUUCAACCCUGAAACUCCACCAGCUCAUCUCGGACCUCCCAUCCCCUUUGGGACACCCUCACAGGUGUUCCCUAGGCCCCUCAUCCUUGCGUUUUCCCCUGUCGCCAAAUGCUUAGCAUCCAUAGUCAAAUAUUCUCGUACCUGGGUACGGCUGAGAGAGGGGACCAUUCAGGCCCAGCUCUCGCUCGUCUCCGAAGGUCACACACACCGCACCCACCCUUGGCCUCCCCUUGUGCUUUCCACCCUCUCCCCCGUGUCGAGACGAGUUUCGUCACAGCCCAUCAUCGUCCGAUUUCCCUUCUCUCUUUCUCUUCCCUUCCCACACUUAACUCGUGCCUACUAUUCCAUCCUCCACUCGCUUUGCUUCACCUCGUCUCACCACCACACCAGCAAACCACCGACAUCAAGACCACGAGUCUCAACGCAACGCACGGAAACGCACGUACGCCAAGAGAUCUGCACGCUCAUACAAACCCGCACACCACCUCGCUCUCUCUUAACACUCCGACAUCCCACCGCCACCACCACCGUCUCUGAAAAUUCGCUUUUUCUCCUGCAUUCCAACCAAAGUCUAAUCCUGCGCUCUGCUUCGUAUCGCCAGACGCAACCUAGUCUAGCCAUCUGCAACCUGCAGCUUCGUUCGACAAACAUAACCACAACUCUCUUUUACAUCGAGCACCCGCCCCGUGCUCACACUUACCCAGCUGGUCUGAAUCUUAUUCAUUAUACAUAUUGCUUGUCCUCGUACAUACCUCCGUUUCGUCACUUUUCACAUCCACGGCCACGACUCUUCGACUCGUCGCUAGUUCGACGACGACGACACCGCUAUCGUUUAUUGAAGGAAAUCAAGGGCAAAAAGGAAACACAUUUUCGACCAGAAAGAGAGUGGAAAUUCACGGGAACCGACGAGAGCAGUGCUCCAGCGAUCCGGACAGUAAACAGGCAGCUAUUCUGA